CGUCAAUGCAGCUUGUGAUGGGCUUCAUGUAGAUAAAUGCGCGUGGCACGCCCCAUGUCUGUCUGUGUCGGAAACCAAUCCGCACACACAUGACACAUGACAUGACACACAUGAUACACACGACACACACGACACGGAAAAAAACCCGACAUAAAAGCCGUGGGCUGGCGUGGGCUGGCGUGGGCUGGCGUGGUGUUCAUUGGCUUGCAUCCCUGACAGAGUCUGCAUUACAACAAAUUGACGUCGGAUCAGCCAACCCAAACCAGUCAACAAAAGAAAGGUCACCACCCGAGGGGCAACGCUAGAUGUAUAUAUAUAUACACGCAGCCAGCCAACGAGCUGCUGGCCAGCUCACAUGAUAACACACUCGCUCUGCUUCUUCCUCUCCACCUUUUCGUCACUCCGCCCGUCACCCCCCUUCAUGGCCUCCUGUAAGAGAGACUCGUCGCAUCUCCUUCGAGCCACUGUGCCAGCCCGCACGGCCACAGCUGAGUGAGGGCAUCCAGUCAGCCAGAACAAGAAAACACAUAUGAGCGCUUGUCCGUCCGCCCGGACGGCACGCGCUCAGGUACGUACCUGUGUCACUGUUCUCCUUUGCGCUGACAGGCGUACCGUUGGCCGCUGAAUGGAAACACAUACACAGACGAUGGAGAGAGUGUCAUUCUACACGCACUUGGAUUGCCGGUGUGUGUCCAUCACGUCACUCACGAGCGUACCUUCCGACACGUCUGGCACUUCUCUGUAGAAGACGAUCGGUUUGGUCCGCAGGAAGCCCUCGCGUUCGGCAAAGAACACGUCGGGUUUGUCGUCGGGGUUGACGCGAAAGUGUCCUUCGAACUGGAUCUCGUGUGGCUGUGCGCCAGAGUACACGUGGUACCACUCUACCAUACUCUCUUGAACCUCCCUCAUCGUCGCGCAGUCCUCCAUCCGAGUAAGCAUCCCCCACUCCCACUCCCGCUUCCGAUACCAGCGCUCCACCGACAUCCGCAAGCGUCUACCGCUUCAAUCAGGCGUCUGGUCGUCCCCCUUUCAGGGCUCAAUCCGCUUCAAUUUCUCGGCAAGCCAGGAAGUUUGGAGCGGUGUCAGGGAGCACCCUAGGCCGUGAUGGCAUAGGAUAUAUGCGGCGGCGCGUGUCGUGUCGUGUCGUGUCGUAUCGGUGUUCGGACACGUAAUUCAAU